AUGCAACGCCUCCCCCCACCAGCAGCCUCACAGCAGCUUCCAUUUCUACCAACAACUCUUACACUGGCUCAUCUACCGCUCAUGCAGGCCCAUCACCUGACCGGAACGUCACAUCAUCCUGUAUCCGUCAUCUCGAUCAGUCAAUCUGUGUCACAGUCGCUAUCAUCAUCACUACCAAUAUGUUCAGCAUCGACCUCUUUGAUGCCUUCACUACCUCACGUACCUCUCCAUAUUGGGCAUCGCACCGUUUUGCCACCUACUACGUCUGCGAGUCAUGCCGUCGUGCUUCCAGUCUCUACUGCCAUCCUGUCAGUUACCUCUAAAUCUCCAACUGUCUCGUUUGUCGGGUCGAACCCUGCUGGGCAUAGCUCUGUAUCUCCACUGAGGUCUGAUCUACUUGAUUCGCAUUUAAAGUCCACACAACAAUACCUCUAUUCUCAAGCCCCCUACUCUGUUGGACCACCGGGUUCAACUAAUACAAAUAAUCAAUCGUUAAACUCUUCUCUGGUGGCUGGAGCUAGCGGAAACAACAGUAUUGCUGGGCAUAAUACUGCUAGUAUUAAUAACAGUAGUAGUGUCAGUCAAUAUGCUAACCCAAACCUCGUAAGCCUCUUGUCCUCACCUUCACUAGUCCAACAGAUCAGCGUUACUCUCCCACAGCUUGGCUCAGUUGGUCAACUGCCGAGCACUACUACGGUGACCAAAGUAUCAGCUAAUGUAUCUGUCUUAAGUACUGAUCAGCAGAAUAAGUCGAUACACAACAUUGGGAGCAACAAAAUAGCAAGUAUCGUCACGUCUACCAAUUCCAAUUGCGGUAUAGUCUCUAAUCCUAUCAGCUCUGCGUCACCUAACUCUGGAAAUGCUCCCAAUGGUAGUGUUUUUAUGCCAUCAUUAGGACUCGGAGGAGCGAUCAUCUUAUCGACCCCCAGCACUACAAUCCUAGUACCUCCGCGACCGCCUAUUGGUGCGCCACCUAGCCUAGCAGAGAUUACGGAUCGACUCCAGAUGCCGCCACCAUCGCUACCCCCACCUUCAGCUCUGCGACGAGCCGCUAAAUCGGCAAAUGUAGCUGCCACUGCUAGCUCAGGCUUAGGCCAGGCAAUCGAGAUUGAGCUUUCACCAGCAGCUGUUCGCCAAAACUGCUCCUCAUCUACACUUGCUUUAUCUGCCUCCUCACCUUCGUCCUCUGAUAGUUCCUCAUCAAAUCUGUCUUCGGCCCUACUUCCUUCGGCAUCUGUUACAUCGCCAUUAUCUGUAUCUGGGUUAACAACAGGUUUACUUUCCACGCCGAUUGAGUCGAUCUCUCGUGAUAUAUCUACUACUAAACCUUUGGCAAUAAUACCUGCUAUACUGGCUUCUUCAAGUGCUCAUACCACGCCUUCAGACUGCCCUAUUAUAACCAACGGUACAGCUGCUUGGUCGGAUCAGUUUCUUUGUGAAAGGCGGAUUUUUUCAUCCAAGACCGUAAACGCAGAUGAUAAUGAGACGGAUUGCAUUGAAGAGGAUGAAGACGAAAACAAGCAGCAUCCUUUGUUGGGGGACUUCCAAGGCAAUAGUAAAAGAUAUUAUCCAUACUUACUACUUUCCUUCAACGUCACCUGA